CGAGAUGGAGAACAAGACAUCCAGUGCACCAAAUGGGUCCGCGUGCGAGCUCUGCCAUCGGCGCAAGGUCCGGUGCGAUAUGCGUAGAAAAUUCCCGUGUAGCCAUUGUGUGAAUGUGACCCAGCCAUGCGUGCCGCAUCGACGCAAGAGGAAACAUGAUCCACCUGUCAGUCCUCAGGCUGCAAAACGUCAUGACGUCCGAUCCUCUUUGAGAUCUCCAAUUGUUCAAUCACCCCUGCCAGGUUCAACUACUGCGCCGGAAUUUACUCAACCGCGAACAACUCUUCUUCAAAGCGAAGAUGAGACGAGCCCCGGGAGCUACCUAGGACGAGCCGAAUACGUGUCGGGCACCGUCCCCAUUGACGAGGACGACGCCAAGCGAUACUCCUCCGGACGCAACACCAGCUUAGCAGAUGAAGACAAAAGAUAUUUGAUCGAUAUUCGGGCUUUCGAACUACCUUCCCGGUCCUUGUACGACAGCCUCCUAUCAAGCUUCUUCGAGCACUGUUACCCUUGGAUGCCCAUUGUGGAGCCGCAUGAGCUCCAGCCUGCUGGAGGAUCCCGUCCCUCGCUUUUGCUCUUGCAAUCUAUCUUCGUUGCUGCAAGCAGAGUGUCUCUUGCACCGGAUGCUUGCGCAUCGGGGGAGGCGUUCUAUCGGAAGGCUAAAGCAUUAUAUCAUCUUGGGUAUGAGAAGGAUCCCAUGACGGUAGUUCGAUCCGUAUGCUUGAUUCUUUGGUUCAAUAACAGCGGACCCGAACAUAUCUCCUUGGAUGCUAGUAGUUUCUGGCUCCACAUGGGGGUAGCUUUAGCUCAUCAACUUGGACUUCACCGAGAACCUAGACAUAAACAAGCCGAUGCUAAACUGCGGCGGCGACUGUGGUGGACGCUCUUCAUCCGGGACUGCCAAAUUGCUACAAGCCAUGGUCGCCCCAAAACUAUCAAUCCAGAGGACUGUAACAUCCGAUUUCUUACUCUGGAAGACUUCCCGCAAGCUAAUCACGACGCACUUCUCUUCCUAGCAUACCAGGAUAUCUGCGCUAUUCUGACUGAUCUUACCGAGUCCCUCGUGCGAGGUACGUUAGGUUGGACGAAACAGGUAUCCAUAGAGACACGGUUAUUCUCCUGGAUCCGCGACCUUCCUCAUGCGCUUCGCAUAUGCGAUCAAAGUAGCGGCUCUCUCCUCCCAUAUAAUUUCAAAUCCCGCCAACUAAACGUCAUGUUCUUUACCGCAAUCAUGCUGCUUUACAGGCCGGCGUCACCCGGAGUCCCACCCUCAGGUGCUGCAAUUCUAGCGUCAUCGUUCUCUGCAGGCAUCUUUGAGGACUUUCUUGCGAGAGGAGAGCUAGGAUUCCUCGCGCCAGUGUUCAACUUUCAUCUCAUGACAGCCGCAUAUGCCCAACUAGCAUGCUACAAGUAUCCUUCACUCUGGCCGAUAGCAGACGGAGAACUCGAGAUAAUCAACAAAUGUCUUCUCGAGAUGGCGAAACGAUAUCCUACUGCCGUGGGGGCGCAACGAGUUAUCAAAGCUGUAUUUCGAGCUGUCAGCGCACAGAAUCGGCACGAAGGCCCAAUACACAUUGCGCUUGAGCCGGAGCCGGAGCCGGAGCCGAUGAAGUAUUUCAAAUUCUUUGGCCCCGACCUAUGCAGUAAGUGGGCUUCAGUAAUGCCAGCGCAGAGCGAUACGAUACAAAGUGUCAAUGAAAUAGGUCAGCCACUUCCAUGCCGGAACCCUUCGCACAACGGACCGAUGCCGUCGUCGGAUGAAGCCUUGGAGACGGCAUCUUCGUUUGAUCCUAAUUCUGGUACAACGCUUAUCACGGGUCAAACGAACACCGCCGGGACAUCAUCCUUCACCGACGCGCUUCUCGCGGAUAUUGGUACACAUGAUAGCUACUUCGCUUCGAAUGGGGCAUUCACCGCUAUUGGCAAUUGGAUGCUGGGAGACUGGACUGCAGAUAUUGACUGGAUGACUGGCGGGUUUGGAGCCUAGGAGGAAACUAAGUGAGAUCCUGCUAGUGAUGUACGAAGGUAGUGUUUCGAGCAAGUCCGGAUGAAGACUCCUUCACUCGAUCAAGAAAAGCGAACACGAAAACACCAACCUCUGUUGCCCCAACUACCACUCGUCCGCAAACAAACACCAACCAGAAACACCACUCUUCUAGCAAAAUAUCCACCAGGCCACUAUAUUCUGAGCGAACACACUCUUGUGCCCGCGGCAAUUUGCGAAAACACGUUGUCAAUCCGACAACAUUCGACUACAAUGGCGCCAACAAAGCAGGCAGCAAACCAAAACGCGCAGCCGGCUUCCAAGAAGACUAAAGACGUAG